AUGGUUGAAAUUACAGAAUUAUUACUCAGGAAGAGAUCGGAACACAAUGAAGGGCAAUUAUCAAACCUAAAGGAAAUAACACUCCACCAAUUUGAAAUUGAAUCCAUCAAUGAAGUAUUAGGGAUAUAUUGUAGGGAAUUACAAAUUCUCUACUUGCAAAAUAACUUAAUAAGAGUUAUACAAAAUUUACAUCACCUCAAAGAUUUGAGGUAUUUGAAUUUAGCUGUAAAUAAUAUAACAUCAAUUAGUGGAUUGGGAUCGAAUGAACAUUUGGAAAAAUUAGAUUUGACAGCUAACUUUGUUUGGGACUUGUUGAGUGUUGAAUCAUUGAGAGAGAAUUAUAAGUUAAGGGAGAUGCACUUGUUGGGAAAUCCGUGCACUACCUUUGAGAAUUAUAGACUCUUUGUUAUUGGUGCUGUUCCUAGUUUGCAAAUUCUUGAUGGUGAGCGAGUGGCAAAGAGUGAGAGAAUUCUUGCUGAGCAAUUAAAGGAACAAAUCAAGAAAUCUAUUGAGGAGGAACAAUCAAGAAUCAAUGUGGCAGAUAUUCAGGAAAAUAUUGAGCAACGUGACCAAGACAAGAAGGAAAUGGCCGAACAUAAGAAUGCAAAGGAGAAGGCUCAAGAAAAGAACUUGGAUGGAAUCAAUGAAGUGGAUGGAUUAGGACUUGGAAAGAGAGUUUCUCUCACUCCAGAAGAAGAGAUUGAAAAGUAUGGCAAAGUCAUGCAAAAGAAUGAAGGAAAAUGGGCAUUUAAAUUAUUGCAGGAGAAGGAUCAUUAUGUGUUGGAUAUUCCAGCUGGAAAAUACAUGUCACUGAGCUAUGUUGACAUUGAUGUUCAACCAACCUUUGUUCGUGUUACCAUCAAGGGUAAAGUUUUACAAUUGAGAUUUGAUAGGGAGGUCAACUCUUCCAACGCAUCAGCCCAACGAUCCACCACAACAGGUAAUAUUGUAAUCAAAAUUCCCUACUCAACUCUCAAUCCUUAA